AUGGCCAAUCACUAUUAUCCUCAAAGCAAUGUCAUGGCCGUAUCAACACCUUCAACAUCUCUGAAUUCACUCUCUCCAUUGUUGCUCAGAGGAAAUCAUAGUUUCUUCCGAAAUAAGAAGAUUGAAAAAAACAAGGGAAGAGAAUACACGGUGGUUGUUGCUUCAAGCGGCAACGUCGCUUCGUCUGAUCUCUGGGAGUCAUGGAAACCUCAGAAGAGUUCUCCGGCUCCUUCACUCAGCGACGUCCUUUGGCCCUCUGCAGGAGCGUUCGCUGCAAUGGCGAUACUGGGAAAGAUGGAUCAGAUUUUAGCACCAAAAGGGGUUUCAAUGACGAUUGCUCCUUUCGGGGCGGUUUGUGCUGUCCUCUUUGCUUCACCCUCCUCUCCUGCGGGUAUUGUGGUGCAGAAGUACAAUAUGUUCAUGGCACAAAUAGGUUGUGCAGCGAUUGGUGUUGCAGCGUUCGCUCUAUUUGGGCCUGGCUGGCUUGCUAAAAGUGCUGCCCUGGCUGCCUCCAUAGCUUUCAUGAUCUACACACGUUCAACCCAUCCACCAGCUGCAAGUUUGCCGGUUCUAUUCAUCGACGGAGUUAAGUUACACCACUUGAGUUUCUGGUAUGCUUUUUUCCCUGGUGCCGCUGGAUGUAUCAUUCUUUCUUUGAUGCAAGAAGUGGUUUGUUACUUGAAAGACAAUCUCAAGUUUUGAUCUCUAUAAACUUGGAUGGAUGGAUGGAUGGUCGCAACAUGUUGGA